AAGUCCAGCAGAGCACACCGCCCUCCGCCUGCUUUACACGUCGGCUUAUGACAGCCAAUCCUGAUCAACCAGACCCUUUGUCUCCCUCUGGCAAACCUCGCAGACGACAACCUCGUAAGAAAUCUGCUCAACCCGCCGCUGAAGGCAUGCCCACUAAAAGUCCGCGGGCACAGACCUCAUCCUUGGAGAGCAUUCGUAUUUUACCGAGGACGCCCAAAACGCCACGGUCGACGCAUAGGUGGACGUCACAGGAUGGCGAACCUUUGGAUGAGGUUGAAUUGAGCCUGCUGGGGGAAGAUGAACGGCGUCAGGCUGCCGAGGGUGCCUCUCUGGAUGAUGAGCUCGAGCACUUCACCCAUGCAGGCGCGCACAAACCUAUGUCCGCAAAGGACAAGAGGGCAAUAAUUUUGCUGGUUAUUCUCUAUUUAAUUCAAGGAUUCCCUUUAGGGCUUGCCCUCGGAUCCGUGCCAUUCCUUUUGCGCGAGCACUUGUCGUACUCUCAACUCGCUAUAUUCUCCCUGGCCAGUUAUCCAUAUUCUUUGAAGAUAUUCUGGUCACCUAUAGUAGAUUCAUGGUUUCUUCCCUCAAUCGGUCGUCGCAAAUCCUGGAUUCUGCCUAUGCAACUAAUCAUUGGUUCGGUCAUGCUGCUAAUUUCGUUCCGAUCGGAAGAGUACAUUAAUCAUCCUGCUGAGCAUAUUUACGGGUUGUCGGUCGCCUUCACUGCAUUGGUUACAUUCUCUGCAACUCAAGAUAUCGCUGUUGACGGUUGGGCACUUACACUUCUAUCGGAGGAGAACCUUCCAUACGCUGCGACAUGUCAAACGAUAGGCCUUAAUAGUGGAUACUUCGCCUCAUUUACUGUGUUUCUGGCUUUGAAUUCAGAAUCCUUUGCCACGAAAUGGGGUAUCCCGAGACUCACGCUCUCUACAUACCUGCAAUUCUGCAGCGUUUUUUCAUUUGCCGUUACAGUAUGGCUGUUAUUUAUCAAAGAGGACAAGGAGUCUGCUGAGGAGGAUAUCAGUAUCAAGACCGUCUAUUUCACCAUGUGGAAUAUUGUAAAGCUGAAGAACGUUCAAACGCUCUGCCUUCUCCAUCUAUUCUCCAAGAUUGGCUGGCAAGCUAAUGACGCCAUUACGCAACUCAAGAUGAUUUUCGGCGGCUGGAUUGCGGGCAAGUGGUCGAGAGGUGAUAAACCUUUGCGUCCAUGGAUGUACGCCUUUUGGCCGCGUUUAGUGCUGGCGUUAGUUGCCACUCUGACAGUGUACUGGUUCCCAAACCCACCCAUAUCAAUGGGUUUCUUCGUGGUAUUAGUGAUUCAGACUGUCGCUCAGUCAUUCGCAGGCACAAUCCAGUUCGGUGGUAUAUCUGCUUUCCACACUAGGAUUGCGGAUCCUGUGGUGGGUGGCACGUAUAUGACGUUGCUGGCUACUUUCACCAACCUGGGAGGAACAUGGCCCCGCUUCUUCGUUUUGAAAGGUGUUGACUUAUUCAGUGUUGCUACGUGUCAGAUCAAGGAGGUUGGGCAGGAGUUGUCUGUCAAAGCUUCGGAGUGCGUGUCUGAGCACGGAAAGGCCGCUUGUGCGGAGUUGGGUGGCGAAUGUAUAACUGAACGUGAUGGAUAUUAUAUUAUUUCGGGUAUCUGUAUGGUUUUGGGGGUUAUAUCGGUCAUUUUCUACAUGAUUCCUACUGCAAGGAAGUUGCAAGCAUUACCCAUCAGCAAGUGGAGAGUGUAUUCAUAAAGCUGUAAUACUAGAGAUUGCUAGUCUAGAGAUUGCUAGUCUAGAUACCUAUACCCUGUCUACAGGACCGUAUACCGUGUCGUUGACUCGGAAUGAAGGGAUCGGUUGAAUGU